UUGACCUUUUGUUUCCCACUUUCCCACCAUUUACAUCCACUCUUUCUCCAUUAGCACUCCUAUUUCCAUUUUGAAAAGUGUUGGUGUGUAAAAACUCAACUACUUCUCUUCAUCCUGUUGCUGGUUUCUGUGCUUUUGAUUGAGGUUAAUACUUAGUUCUUCAUAUUUGGAUGCUAUUCUUAUAAUGCUUAGUUUCUAGUUGAAGGAAGAUUACUGUGAGAAAAAGUGUUGCUGUCAAUAAGGCACAUUAUUUUGUUUGAUAGAGGAAGAUGGAAAAUGCACUAUGUUGGGUUCAAAAAAGGGGCCAUGGUAAAAAGGAUUCAUUAUCUGAAGCAUCUCAGUUUAAAAAGUUGGCUAAAAGGGGAAUUUCUCACCAGGCCAUGGUCGUAAAAAUUAUCCAAUCACAAAAUAGUAAUGUUUUCCUAAAGCAUUUAUUCUUCCUACUUGUUCAUGGACAGUGCAAGAUUCCAAAGUUUAUGGCAAGUGCAGAUGAGAUGUAUCUUCGUCGCUGUAUGGACUUUGUACACAUUAGAGCAUUGAAAGCCUCUUAUCAUAACAAACCUGUGAGCUUAGAAACCAAAAACUUGUGGACUUCAGAAGAUAACUUGAACACAUUUGAAUCUUUUGGUGUUGGUGGAGCAGAAUGUGGUUCUGAUCAGUUAGUCUUGGCACAUCCUGUAGCUGAUAGGAUUGAGAGUGUAGUUGAAAGUACUGAUACUGCAGAUAAUUGGACUUUAGGAACAGUUAUGGGGACUAAGAGUAUGAUAAAUAUAAUGAAUAGUUCUCUUCUUCAGCAGUUUGGUGCUUCAGAAAGAAAUUACAAUUUGAACAGGUCUGAUGCUAAAAACAAGAAAUGCUAUUCCAAGACUAACUCUAUUUGUUUUGAUUGGUUGUCUUCUGCUGCUUCAACUGUAUCUCAAGGAAUGCUUCAGUGCACUUGGAAGCAAGGUGUGCCUCAUUUUGUUUUCUCUGCAGAUGAUCAGAAGGAGGUCUAUGUAGCCAAGUUGAGCAAGGUAGACACAACACAUAAUGAGGCUUUGGACUAUGUCUACCUGUUUCAAUUGAACAAGGGCUGCGAGAUUCAUGACCAUGAUUCGCAACUUGUUGGUAAGAUGAAUGUAUCAACAUGUUUCACCCUUUGCCCAGGCAAUUGUAGAGUAAUGGAAACACAUUUUAUAUUGUUUGGUGAUGGUAAACUUUAUGACAAAGAAAUGUUCACUUCAAGCCAUUCUAUGAAGGGCAUGGCCAAGAAAGCAUCACAAGUGUUGAGACGGAGUCCAUUGUCUAAACACAGAACACUCUCAAAGUUCAGUAGAUCAAAAUCCACGAGAGAAAGUUAUGCAUUGGGUCAACAAUCAUGUGGCCUAGGUGGGACAAAUUUAUUAGAAACUAAUGUUCCAUCAAAUUUUGAGUUGGCUGCCAUUGUUGUCAAAGACCAUAUUCCCUCUCGUAGCUUGGAUAAAGUAGGAGGAUGGGGCUUGAAAUUUCUCAACAAAUCUGGUGUAAAUCAAACUACAUUGCCUUCUGAAAGGCGUAAUCGAAAUACCGUGGAUUGCUCAACUAGUAUAAGCAUUCUCAUUCCAGCAGGCAUUCAUGGUGGACCUAGAACAAGACAUGGUGGUCCAUCUAGCCUCAUAGACAGAUGGAAAUCAGGAGGGUGCUGUGACUGUGGUGGUUGGGAUGAGGGGUGUCCCUUAACAGUGUUUCAGAGAAGAUCUAGCAAUGAGGAGGUUCUGUCUCAUGUAGAUAUGCAAGGAGAGUGUAAGUCAGUUGAUUUAGUUACUCAGGGUUCAAGCAAUUUCAGCCCCACCUUGAGGAUGGUGAAUAUUGAUGAUGGUUUAUAUUUUAUUCAUUUUCGACAACCCUUGUCUGCAUUGCAAUCUUUCUCCAUCGCUGUGGCGAUUAUUCACACACAGAGUCCUACCCUUCUGCCUAAACUAGCACAGGAUCUGUGAUAACAGGAGAAAAAAGUUGAAGUUAUUUAAUUAGCAGACAUGAUCCUCUAACUAGUUGUUUAUCAGCAGUUGAUGAGAAUAUUUAGGUGAUUACAUGAAUCAGAUUUCCCUUCCAUUGUUUAUGGUUGUCAUAUUUGUCACACUAUCUAAGGUAACCUUAUACCUUAUCUAGGAGAACUAGUUCUGUUUAUCCAUUUCUCUCAAUUCUUGUAACCAUCUUUUCUCCCCAUAUUCUUUUUUCCUCAAGGGGAUGGAAUGUAAAAGCUUUGGAGGAAGAAAAUUUGGUAAAUCCAAGCAUUGUGGUUGGAUUUCUUAUAUUUGUUAAUAAGAAGAUAUUAUGUAGUGAUUAGUCCCUAA